AUGAGUAGUCCUAAGCGCAGGAUAGAGACAGAUGUCAUGAAAAUGCUCAUGAGUGAUUAUGAAGUCACAUUGGUCAACGACAACAGUGAGCAAGAGUUCUACGUACGCUUUAAAGGUCCCGAAGAGACACCUUUUGUCGGCGGGCACUGGAAGAUUCACGUAGAGCUACCGGAUCAAUACCCUUACAAGAGUCCCAGCAUUGGGUUUGUGAAUCGGAUAUUCCAUCCCAACAUCGACGAACUAUCAGGCAGCGUUUGCCUUGAUGUCAUCAACCAGACCUGGUCGCCGAUGUACGAUAUGGUCAACAUAUUUGAGGUUUUCCUGCCCCAACUUCUGCGGUAUCCCAAUCCUACCGACCCCUUGAAUGGCGAAGCAGCUGCGCUGUUGAUGAGGGACUCGAAGGGCUAUGAUGCCAAAGUCAAAGAAUAUGUGACCAAGUACGCCUCGAAAGAGAGCGUUGACGAUGCUGGUAACGACUCCAACGAUAGCGAUGAGAUGAGCAGCGUGGGCAGUUUUGACGAUGAUGACGACGACGAACCAGCAGGAACCAUGGACGAGGUAUGACCAGGCUCUCUAGGCUCCAGUGUUUGCAAGGACUCAGUGACAGCACCCAGGCGUGCCAGAUGAUGUGGUUUUGGAGCUUAUGUCGUGGCAUCGGAGUCAGGAACAAGGGAGGGAAGGAGGGAGGGCUAUACCAUUUAAGAUAAUCUCAUGAGAAAGCACGAAUGGAUGGAGCGUUUGUUGCAUUACAACGAACGAGACAUGUCGCAGGCCCUAAACUAUUCACUGAUGCUAAGUACAUGUAUGGG